CUGCCUUCCAAACACACACCUUCUGGGCGCUAAAGCACUCGCUCCGCCUACGGCCGUAGCUCUAUCGUACUACUAUCCUCUGAAACCAUGAAGGUCACCGCCGCAGCCGCCGUUUGCUCGCUUGGAAUGGCAAGCGCUUUCGUGACCCCUGGCGCUUUCCGGGCACCUACCGCAUCGCUCAGCAAGGCAUCGUCUAAGACGCCCUUGUCGAUGAGCGCCGUGGACGGCGAGGUCGGCGUUUCGCUGGAGGCGGGAGGUGCCGUCUUCGACCCCCUCGGACUCGCGGAGCUCCACUCGAUCAACCCGCUCGUCAACCCCCACCCCAAGUGGCUGCAAGAGGCUGAGAUCAAGCACUGCCGCAUCUGCAUGCUUGCCUUCGUUGGCAUCUGGGCGGCCCAGUCGGGCUUCGUGUUCCCUGGACUGGGGUACGAUGCCGUGCCGUGGUACGACCAGUUCCACGAGUUCGCCUCGAAGAACCCGGGUGGGCUGGCCCAGCUUAUGUUGUUCUUCGCUGUGGCGGAGGGUGCGACCUACUGCGGCGACUUCUGGAGCGGAGGAGGAGAGCGCGAAGCGGGGGACCUUGGCUUGUACUUGAAGAAGCCGGGCAAGGCGGCCGUCGAGAAGCUGCGGCUCCAGGAGCUCAAGAACGGCCGUCUGGCCAUGAUCUCGGUGGCGGCGUGCGCUUCAGAGCACUGGAUCAAGGGCGCCGUUCCGUUCCUCGAGGGACAGGGCUACUAAUGCUGCAAACCGUUUAGUUAACCGACAUUGCUGCAGCUGCUGCGUUUCGCUGCUGUGCUGGCUCUCUUCCAAAGACGUAGUAGAGUAGUUCGUGGUUGAUCGAUCACAGAAGUUUGUGCGUUAUGUAGUGCCGAAGGAAGGGGUUCGUACAUUUUUAGAUGAGAUACCGUACCACACGCACAUGUGGACGAUGCACCCACGAGCGUUGUAACGGUUUUUCGGGGUAGUGUUGUAGAGCCUCUUCGGGGGCCCCGACAGAUGGCCUCUGAAUAGGCGUUACUCUGGGUUUGUUUUACCCCCCCCUCCCCCCACCCGCCCCGCCCCUGGCGGCUUUUGGCAUGCAGCAACCCACCGCCAACAUUAUUAAGCCAGGGUGAAUAUUUUCCCUUGAAUACCCUUUAGCCUGUUCGCGGAACUUUUGAGCGGACCUUAAUGGCAUGGCUGCCUGUGACCCUUGCAGGCAGAGGGAAACGGGUGGGAGAAGGGUGGGGUACCCUCGUGUGGUAUUUAGAUGGGCUAGCUCCUGGGCAACGAGGGUGUUUGCGUGCUUGGUAUUUUUAUUUUCCCCCGGGAGCGUGCCUUGAUGAGUCGCGCGUUAAUUGGCUGCUGAACAUGCGAAGCUCGGCAGCCAACCAAUAGAAAGCAAAGCCAAGGAACGGCCUCAAUAAAAACCAAACGCAUCGGUUUCUCGACCAGA